AUGGCUAUUGCUGAGAGCCAUACCGAUAAUGCGGACACGAUCAUUCCCACCAGCGCGCACGGGAAGUCGCCUGGAGACCCUGGCCUGUUGGAGAACGCAACUCACGAUGAGUCUCCCCAGAGUGCUCCGUUACACCGAACCCUGAAGUCGAGGCAUCUUCAGAUGAUUGCCAUUGGAGGCAUCAUUGGUCCUGGUUUACUCGUUGGAUCCGGGAAUGCGCUGCAUGUCGCUGGCCCAGCCGGCAUCCUCAUCAGUUUUUCACUCGUUGGUAUCCUAGUGUUCUUCAUAAUGCAAUCGUUAGGUGAAAUGGCAACUCUCAUCCCUGUAUCGGGUUCGUUUACAGAAUAUUCGGCCCGGUUUGUUGACCCUUCCCUGGCUUUCGGCCUUGGUUGGGCCUAUUGGUACCUAUGGGUCACUGUACUAUCAAAUGAAUAUAAUGCCUUGGCGCUUGUCAUGGGCUAUUGGACAGACGUUGUUCCUCAAUGGGCAUGGAUUCUCAUGUUCUGGGUUAUCUUCCUGGGCUUGUCGAAUCUUGGAGUUUUAGCCUACGGCGAGGUUGAGUUUUGGCUUGCAUUGAUAAAGGUUAUAUCCCUUACAAUAUUCUUCAUAUUAGCAACUUGCAUCAGUGCUGGCGGCAUUGGUGGCAGGACCAUCGGCUUUAAGUACUGGAAUGAUCCUGGCGCUUUUGCCGAUUCCAUCAACGGAGUUGCGAAGACCUUUGUGAUUGCGGGGACCCUCUACGCAGGAACGGAAAUGGUUGGUAUCACUGCAGGUGAAUCAGCGAACCCUCGAACUGCAGUUCCAACAGCCAUCCGACAGGUUUUCUGGCGUAUCUUGAUUUUCUACGUCGGAAUGAUGUUCUUCAUCGGCAUACUACUUCCAUAUAACGACAAACGUCUCCUUUCCUCUGGAUCCAAGACAGCACAGUCUCCACUUACAAUUGCACUGGCCGACGCAGGUAUCCUUCCAGCUGCUCAUUUAAUCAACGGUUUGAUUGUCAUUUCCGUCAUCUCCGCUGGUAACAGUUCGCUGUACGUGGCCUCCCGAACCAUGCUUUACAUGGGACGGUCCGGCAAAGCACCAACCAUACUUGGCAGAACCAACAAAGCUGGGGUACCAUGGGUAGCCUUGCUAUUCACCAAUUUAGUCGCUUGCAUAUCGUUCCUCUCCUUGUCUUCUAGUGCUGGAAAGCUAUAUUCUGCGCUCAUUACGUUGUCAGGAGUGUGUACAUUCAUCGUUUGGGCCGUUAUCGCGGUAACUCAUAUUCGUUUCCGCCAAGCCCUCGCUAUCCAGGGCGAAGAUGUCUCCACGCUACCAUUUCAAGCCAUGUUUUACCCUUGGGGAACAUAUAUUGCUCUUGCAGCAAAUAUCUUUUUGAUAUUCUUCCAGGGAUACACAGCUUUCCUUAAUCCAUUUAGUGCCGAAGAUUUCGUUGUCAACUAUAUCCUACUUCCAGUAUUCGUUAUACUGGUACUUGCUUGGAAAUACAUUAAGAAAACUAAAAUCGUCAAACUAGAGGAGAUGGAUAUUUGGAGCGGAAGGAGGGAGUUUGGUGAGGAUAUCAUGGAAGACAGCACCAAGAAAGGGUUUUGGACAAAGAUUAAGGAUGUCUUGAUUGGCUAA